AUGUCCGACUCAAAAGCGUAUCUCAACACCUCAUCUUCCAGUACCCCUAACAGUGUCCUCAUGCAAAGCUGGUUAGUUCCAGCCAUUUUGGUACUCGCCGUCGCGGGGCCUCUGCUUCUCUCCGUCUAUUCCACUUGGCGUCAUGCCCAGAGAGCUCGCAGAAUAGGCUGUAGAGAAGCACCUCUCUAUCCCAGCCAGGACCCUUUCGGUAUUUCCACCCUUCUCGAAAACCUUGAAGCCGCGCGACAGAAGCUGCUCCCACAACUAGCUGAGAGGCGGAUGGCUUUCCUAUCCCGUCAGCAUGACAGAUACGUUUCUACCUUUCGUAUAUGCCAGGCUGGUCGGGAGAACCUGUUGACGGCAGAUCCCAAGAAUAUCCAGGCUAUGCUGGCGACUCAAUUUAAGGAAUUCGGUUUAGGUGAUGUGCGUCGCAAUGUAGCUAAUCCUGUUGUUGGUCAUGGAAUCUUUACUGCGGAUGGCGAGAGUUGGUUGCGUUCCCGAUCACUGCUACGGCCCCAAUUUACGCGGGAUCAGAUGAGCAAUCUUGACAGGGAAGAACGCCAUGUUCAGAAUGCGUUGCGUGCCAUUCCGAUACUGUCUGAUGGUUGGUCCUCUGCAGUGGAUAUUCAAGCCAUUUUCUUCCGUCUUACCCUUGAUUCGGCCACAGAGUUCCUCUACGGUAAAAGCUGUGAUAGUCAGAAUGCUGCUCUGCAAAAGGAAGUGGGACAGGCCUCUGAUGAUACCUUUCUCUACGGGUUUGACCGGUGCAUGUGGUAUCUCGCAGAGCGACUCCGGUUUGAGCGGCUCUACUGGGUCAUCUACGGUCGAGAGUUUCGGAAGUGCAUCAACAUUGUGCACUCCUUCGUGGACGAAUAUGUUCACUCUGCGCUGAAGCAGGCGCAGGAGCAAGAAGAUGAAGACCAGGGCGCCGAAAAGCUUAAAUCGCAAUACAUAUUCCUCAAAGCCUUGACUAGUACUACUAAAGACCCCGUCAGGUUGCGCGAUGAAUCUCUAAACGUCCUACUGGCAGGCCGUGACACAACAGCUUCUCUACUGAGCUGGACGAUCCUCCUUCUCGCACGACACCCGCACAUCUUCGCAAGACUUCGAAUGGAUAUCCUCGAACAAUUCGGUACUUACGACCAGCCACUUAACAUGGACUUUGCGUCAUUGAAAUCCUGUCAGUACCUUCAGCACUUUCUCAAUGAAACCCUUCGUCUCUACCCGAUUGUGCCCUUCAACCGCCGUUCCGCAAUCAAGGAUACUACACUCCCUCGUGGCGGUGGGAAAGACGGUAGCUCCCCCAUCUACAUUCAGAAGGGCCGUACCGUCAUGUAUAGCACCUACAUCCUCCACCGUCGAAAAGAUAUCUGGGGGGAGGAUGCUGAAAUCUUCAAUCCGGACCGGUGGCUCGGCCGGAAGGUCACCUGGGAGUACAUUCCGUUCAAUGGGGGACCCAGAACAUGUAUUGGACAGCAGUUUGCUUUGAUGAGGUCUAGUUAUGUUCUGGUGAGAUUGUUGCAGAAGUUUGAUAAGAUUGAGGAUGUGCACUCCGAGAGAGAGAUUCGUUACGGCGUUUCACUUACUUCUUGUCCAGCUGAUCCCGUGACAGUGAGAUUACAUCAGGCGUCGAUGGAGGCUUGA